AUGGAGACAGAUACUCCUCAAACUGCAGCACCCGCUGUGACACAGAUACCUGCAGAGAUUGAGGCUAUAAUUAAAGCAACAGUUGAACAAACUGUUGCUACUUUAAUGGAAAAACGGCUUGGUAAACGUAAACACCGCAGGUCCAGGUCUAGAUCUAAGAGCAGAAGCCGUUCCAGAUCUCGUAGCCGUGGUGGCCGUUCUAGAUCAAGAAGCAAGGGUAGACAUGACAGAUCCAAAAGUAGAGGUAAACAUGACAGAUCAAGAAGCAGAGGUAGGCAUGACAGAUCAAAAAGUAGAGGAAGACGUGACAGGUCAAGAAGCAGAGGUAGGCAUGACAGAUCAAAAAGUAGAGGUAGACGUGACAGGUCAAGAAGCAGAGGUAAACAUGACAGAUGUGGAAGCCGCGGUCCCUGUGAAAGAUUUGGAAACAAUAGAGACGAGUGGAAUGGUUGGGUAGGUUUUGGACACCCACCGCAUCAUCAUGAUCACUUCCACCAUCAUCAUCCACCGGGUUGUUUCAGUGAACAUUUUAGACCUCAUGGUAGACAUGGUAGACAUGGUAAAAGGUUUCCAUUUCCUUGUGGAUGCUCUUGCAGCUCGAGAAAAGAGGAAGAACAAAAUAUGGAAAGUGAAAAGGAAGAACAAAAUGUUCAAAGUGAAAAGGAAGGUACUCCGGCCGCCGAUAAGAGUUUAAGAGAAAAUUUUAAAAAUUUGGAGGUGGAUAACUGA